UAGACAAUAUUUUAAUAGGAAGCAAUGUUACUCUAUUCUUUUACAAGCUGUUACCGAUAGUAACAUGAAAUUUAUUAAUAUAUAUUGCGGUGAUCCAGGAUCUUUUCACGAUGUUCGUAUGUUGAGAAGAUUAGAGUUAUUUCGCGUUGCUGAACUGGAAAGAGAACACAUUUUUCCAAAUAAUACUUUUUUAUUAGGAGAUAAAGGUUACAAUGGGGUAGCAAAGAAAUGGAUUGUCUCUCCUUUUAAGGUGCGAAUUCAUGCAGCGAGAAAUCGCUGGCGACUUUCCCCCUCCACAUAGACAUUGUGUGGUAGCGACAAAUUGUCGGAAGUUCGUCCUGUCCGAACAGCAUCGACAAGUCGCCACAUCGUGCCUUUCAAAGAGCAAUAUUUGAAUAUUCACGGGGGAAAAGAGAAAAAGGGGCAAUAUGAAUAAUUGCGAGUUAACUGUAGUUUAUACCUGCAGUAUGUGCGAAACAAUUUGUCGUUUAGACGAGAUUAAAGAUCAUCCCUGUUUGGAAGGAUUUACAAGAUACAUUAUAGAUCAAAAUAAUUAUUUUCAUCCGCAGUGCGAUGAUGGAUCGAUUAUUAGAAAAAGUCUUAUUGGAGGACAAGAGGUUUUCGUCGAAGAACAAACCGAACAGGAAGAAGCUGAGCAGGAAGAAGCCGAGCAAGAAGAAAGCGAUCAGCUAGUAGAUACGAAUGUCGAGGGUGACUGUUGGAACAGCAAUCGUCCGAUUAAUCUUUUAACGAGGAAACUACAUAAUGAAGAGAUUCUUAUAGAGGAAAUACGGAAACGACCACCUCUUUGGAAUUUUAAAUUACACAUUUCCGAAAGGGGCGCCCGUACUAAGAAGAAACUAUGGAAAGAGAUUGCUGUUAGCAUGAAAGGAGAAAUGACUGUAGCGCAAAUAAAAAAGAAGUGGAAGUCAUUGUCCGAUAUGUUCAGGAGACAUCGCAAAGGUAACAUUCAGCCUAGUGGUUCUGCGGCAGCCAAAAAGGUUAAAUGGAUCCACUACGAAAGGCUUAGUUUUCUACAUGACAUGCAACUUGAAAACGUGACAAUAUCAAACAUUGCCGAUCUCUCCAACAGUCCGGAUGUUUCGCAAAACAGCACAGAAACAUAUGACCACAGUAGCAGUACAUCGCAAAAUAGUAGAUCACAAAGUGACUCAGGGCGCGAGAGGUCGGUCGAGCCUGGAGCCAUUAUGGACAGAGUGGAGGAAUUGAUGAAUGAAUCUGUUUUGGUUGAUGUAACCGGAGGCCUGCCUAACGAUGAAUUCACUGAGUUCGGAAUGAUUGUCGCCUCUAAGCUGCGAGCUCUCAGUGCGGAUGCGAGUGAAUUGGGAAUGAUUGAAAUAUUGAAGCUUUUGCGUGAAAUAAGAAAAAACGACCAAAAGUAGAUUUUUUAAGAAUAUUUUUAUAUUUUUUAAUAUUUUUAUAAUAAAACAUGUUAAUAAGA